UGUUUUUAAAAACAUGGCCACAUGUUUGUAACAAUAGAUAAAACACGACGCUUCCCUCUCUCGGGCAUAGUUUACAGACAGGAGCAAACACUAUGUUGUGACCCUGCCUUUUCCUAUCAUUUGUAGCGGUGGUUACGGCAAGCAUCGUAUCACGAUCUUACCAGUGUGGUAACCAGUCAUAUUUUACGACCGACAACGGAAUCAUCCGAAGUCAUUCCGGUUACGACGUCGGCCAUGAUUACGGCAAAAACCUGGACUGCGUGUGGACGAUAGAGGCCCCGGAAGGAAACUUUGUACAACUGAUGGCUAACGCAUUUUACUUGGAAGGAGGCGGUUUCAGUUGCUCGUACGACUAUCUCCAACUGUUUGAUGGCGAUAGCACGAACGACAAUAGCUUGGGCAAAUUCUGUGGUAAUGUUUUCGCCCCCAUCUCUUCGAGACAGCGAUUCCUCACUCUCAACUUCGUAACUGAUGGGAGCCAUGGCUUUCGGGGUUUCGAGUUGUUCUACAACUUCACAGAUCACGUGAUGCGAACGUGCCUGACGGGUCAGUUCUCCUGCAACAACACCAACUGCGUCCCGGGUAGCUACCGGUGUGACGGCCAGGAUGAUUGCGGGGACGACAGCGACGAGAAAAACUGCCAAACUGGAUCCACCACUCACGAAUUCUGCUCUUUGAGUGAAUUUCGAUGCGCGAAUGGGAAUUGCAUUUCGAAUCGAUGGGUUUGCGAUGGAGACAACGACUGCCAUGACAUGUCGGACGAGACCAGAUGUGGAGUAAAUGUUACAGAUGACCGCAGGUGUGGACAAACCAACUUCACAGGAACCACAGGCAACAUCAGCAGCCCCAACUUUCCUCUGGAUUACCUAUCGACGCUCAACUGCACAUAUCACGUGACUGCGCUUGUGGGAACAACGAGCAUUUCGUUCACGUUUGACAGACGAUUCAGCAUAGAGUCUAGUAGUAACGGUACCUGCAGAUACGACAACGUCACCAUUUCUGGAAUGAACGGUCGACACAUAAACGGUCCUUUCUGUGGAACGAAAGCACCAGCCCCUUUUGAGAUCCAUGGCGACGCGGCAGAUGUUAGGUUUAGAACGGAUUAUUCAGGCCAAUCACAAGGAUUUAUGUUGACAUGGUCGGCUGAAGGUUGACCGUAAAAUGACGCAUGACGUUUGUGUUUCUUUGGAAACAAAAUUGUCUGAACCAUGGACUUGGAUUUCGUUUUCUUGCAAUUAAUGUUCAGGCUUUGAAAAACUUUAAAUUAUUAUUACCAAAGAAAAACAAAUACAAACGUAUAUUGUA